AAGUAAUUAAUUUUCGUGUAUUCAAUAUUAUGUUCACCACUCAUGUCGAUAAUUCUUUUCAAUUACAAGCCACUUAUGAUCAAAUGUUAGAGCUUUCCAGAGCAAUCGGCUGAGAUGGUCAAUAAUCGGGUCAGAGCAUGGGCAAAAGAUCUAGCUGAUCAAGUUCUACUACAUAUGAUACUCAGCUUACAAGUUUGAUAGGCCACCAGCUAUCUGUAUAUUGAUACUUGAUGGUCAUUGUAAAAUCAGCUUGAGCAUCUGUUCAAAUCUUGACAGAAUCAAUGUGUCAAGAUUCGCGAAAGCGAACAAGCACAAAGUUUAGAUCCAAUUCAAUCUCAGCGGUUAAUCCAUUUGAAGAGCUAGAGACAAACCAGGCUUAGGUGUAAUUUGGUAUUGAGGAUGGACUCAGAAAAGAAUGAAGUGGCUCCUGGUAGUAACAGGGUCCAGCAGCUGAUAGCAGGAUUGAAAAGUACCACGCUCAAAAAUAUAAAGCUACUUAGCUCUUAUCAAAAAGACUAUGAAGGGUUCAAAACCAAAUAUUUGGAGCUUGUUGAAGAUUUCAAGAAUGAACUAUCUGGAGUUGAUGAGAAUGGUGGUGAGACUGCUUUCAAAAGAAAUGAAUACAGAAAGGUGUUGUACUUGAGACGGUUCGAUCUUAUUGUGAAGCCGAUAACUUUACGUCUUAAAGAUCCAGAUAUUUACAAUAAAACUAAGGAAGUCUUAUGGAAACUCAUUGUCCAAACAUGCCAAGUUACCAAAUACAAACCUGGUCUUGUUCAGUAUAUGUAUGAACUCAAUGCUUUCUUUAAUUUGGCACCCCCAAUUUUCCCAGAUAGUAAUAGGAAACCACAAAUCACUUUGAAAUUUGAAGAUAAUCAAUCAAUUGGUAACAAUGGUGCAAUAAUGAUUGAAAACUUUACAAAUGAUAUAUUUGAACAUGAUUGGCAUUGUAAGCUUGCAUUUGAAAUUUAUAACUCUGCCACAUUCAAAUUACCCAAACCAUCUGAAUUUUUUUCUUAUAAUUUUCUAACCCGUUGUCAAUAUUCUUAUCACAAGGAAGAGCUGAUCACAUUGAUUGUGGCAAACAUUUUGAAACCAAUAAAGACAAUUCUAUCUAAUCAAGGAUUCACUUUAGAAAUUGAAAAUAAUGUCAACUUGAGAGAUUUACCGGAUAAUUCAAAAUUGGUUGAUGUUUCUAGUUUUGAAUUUCAAUUAAAAGCUGACAUAUUGUUGAAGUACCAUAAACCAAUAAGUAAGAGUAACAUGGCAGCAUUCACAAUAUUGGUUUGUGAACCAAGUUCAUUGAAAGAAUACAUCAAAGACUUCAAACAUGAUAAAGGAAGAUAUACUUUAAAAUCAGCAAAUUUUAAAAAUUUGGUAACCCAAGCAUUUUGCCUAUCAGUUUUUGUUUUAAAUAAUUUUGGAAUCAUUACUGAUUAUAAUUCUUUUUUACUUUUCAAAGUGGAUCAAGAUCUGAAAUUGGAAUGUCAAAAAUCAAGUAUUAUGAACAAAAGAGCGAAAAAUGGUGGGUUACGUUCUUCUGGAUUCCAUUGUGAAGUGAUUCAUAUUAAAGAUGGGUUAUGUAUUGCUAAAUUGGCUUCAUUUAUAAGUGAUAGUAAUGCUUGA